UUCAAUCAACAUCACAUAACACAUAAUCAUUUGUGAAAGCUCUCUGUAUUUAUCAUUUUAAACUUGCUUAAUAAAUAACGUGAUGGAUACGAAUGAUUCAUACGAAUUUUCAAGUGAUCACUCUGUUGUGAGUGAUACAUUUCCGGAAAAUGAGCAAAUAAUGGCGUACGAAAACAUGAUUCAGCCUUACUCAUAUGAACCGGUUGAAACCGACUCGGGUAGCGACGCCGAAGACGAUUCGCAAGGAACGAGUGCUGAGUCUUCAAUUGAAUCUGGCUCAAAUAGACUUCAAGAUAAGUACUGGUGUACAUGCGGUCAUUGUCAAAUAAUGGACAGACAUGAAGAAUGUAUAUGUUGCAAAGAGAUUGCUGCUUGCAGGGAUAUUAAUGAAGAGUCAGCUGAAUUCGAGGGUAUUGAUGUUCCAGAAUGUAUCACUGACAACCCUGUAUUCCAAAAUUUAUGUUUAAAUUACUGGGUAUUGAGAUUGGCGUGGAGUCAAUACAAGCAGCAGUAUGGGAAAAGUGCUUUUGAAGGACCAGAGCAUAAGAGGCAAAGGCAUGUUGCUUACAGACAAUUUGUAAGAUGGUGUUGGGGAAUUUUGGGAAAAGAAAUAAGGAAUACUUUGCCAUCUUGUGCUGUUUGUUGUAUUCGGGCAUAUUUCCCUCCACCUGGUCUAGAAGAAGAUUUUGUAUUUGAAGGUUUUGAAUUUGCUGAUGAGUGAUGCAGGUAUAGUUUCAUUAUUUUUUCUUGCCCAUCCUUGACCUAUGAGCAUAUAUCACUUCCUCUUUACUUGGCUUGGGUACAUUUACAAUGUUUUUGGGAAUGUUACUUAACCUUGCUGUUGGAAUUUGAUGGUCAUAUGAGGCAACAUUUUCCAUUAGGCUUUGCACAAAGGAAAAUGAUUUGUUCUCUGUUAUUGGUUUGGCUAUCCAUUUAUUACGGCCUUUUGGAAA